CUUGGGAAAGCCUUUAUGUAUUCCAGAGGAAUAGAUUAAUUUACAUCAUCGCAGUAAUUGAACUCUGAGGUGUAUCUAUGGUAAACCAUUAUACCGUAAAACAUAAAAUGAUGAAUUUCAGUCAACCUACACUGGCUGAAGAUUCAUACUUCUGUUUUGAGUACGUGAAUGGGUCUUGCCCGAAGAUCAUCUAUCCAACAGCGAUACGGAUUCCACUGUAUAUUUUCUUCACCACCAUCAUCGUUAUGACGUUGUGUGGAAAUUUUAUUGUCAUUGUUUCCAUCGCACACUUCAAACAUCUGCAGACCCCAACCAACUACCUCAUCCUCUCUCUGGCAGUGACAGACUUUCUUCUGGGAGGCUGCGUCUUGCCUCCUUACAUGGUGCGAAUAAUCGAAACAUGCUGGUACUUCGGAGAAGUUUUCUGUAAAGUCCAUAUGAGUACAGAUCUCAUGUUGUACAUCACAUCAAUGUUAACUCUUGCUUUCAUUUCCAUUGAUCGAUAUUAUGCAGUUUGCCAUCCUCUCCACUAUCGGAAUAGGAUCACCUCUUAUGCCACGGUAAUCAUGAUCCUGUUCAGUUGGAGUGUGUCUGCCUCUGUUGGGUUUGGGAUGGUAUUUCUGGAGCUGAACAUUUUGGGCAGUGAAAAUCAUUAUUAUGAAAAUGAAAAUGCUUGUGUAGGAAGCUGUGUUCUUUUUCAUGCUGAAAGGGCGUGUUCAGUGUCUUCCAUUCUCUCUUUUUACAUCCCUGGGUUCAUUAUGUUGGUCAUGUAUCAGAAAAUUUUCCACGCUGCGCAGAAGCAAGCCCGCUCUAUUCACAGCACUGCCUGUAACAACGUGCACUCUGAAAACAGCACAUCAUCAAGCCACAACGAGCGAAAGGCUACAAAGACCCUGGCAAUUGUUAUGGGGGUAUUCCUGUCAUUCUCUGCACCGUUUUUUAUGUGUAACAUAAUUAAUCCAUUAAUUAAUUAUUCCAUUCCGCCUAUGUUAAUUGAAACACUUUUCUGUAUCACCUAUUUAAACUCAACAUGUAAUCCUAUUAUUUAUGCUUUCUACUACAGUUGGUUUAGGAAAGCAUUCAAAAUGAUUAUUUUUGGCAAAAUAUUUGAAGCUCAUUCCUCAACAGCAAAAUUGUCCACAGACUGAAAGUGCCUUAAUUGAUUUAUUAUAGAUUUUUUGUUUUGUGACAUCAUCAAGUUGAAAAUUGACAAAAAGUGAUUUCAAAUAUUUGAAAUAACUUCCUCGUUUUCACUAGAAAUAGAGCAAAAUAUAUAAAGCUAGUCAAAGAAAACAUUUCUGAUAUUUACACAUCUUUUAUAUACUUUAGAGCAAUUGUUCCAAUACCUAUAGUCAUUUUAAUUAGCAGGAACAAAAUGUACUUCAGUUUAAGAAUGACUACUUUAUGAGUGUAAAAAUGAGAGAAUGACUGUCAAAAAUAAAAACAAAAAAGUGAGCAGCAGUAAUUUCAAUUUAUUUUGUACAUUUAAAAAAAAAUCAACUUAGGGUCUGUCUCAGAUCCUACAUAUGACACUGUACGUCACCGUACUCUAAGUCAGCUAAUAUGAGACUGAUCCAAAAACAUGCAUGUGAAUGUCACAGACUGUAAUUACCAAUCUUUGGCAGAUUUAUUUUGCAUCAAUAUUAUCCAGCCUGUCUCUGUGUACACCACUGCAAAGGCAGUCCUAUUCAAGGGAUAUUUUCCAUUAUAACAUAGGCCUGCCUAUGUAAUUUUGUGGAGCCUACCAGUUUGAAUACAAGCAACAUCAGGGGUCUGUCCCAGAAAACAGACUCAAGAAAUCCUAUUUAAACCGUAUCUUAAAUCUUACUGGUCAGACUAGUCAGAGUGGACAGGUUAAUAACAAAAAAAAAAA